UGCAACAAUUGUCAGGUGGACUGGGGGUCUAUUUUAGCGAGCCAUUCACAUGAGACUUUGAAAACAUAAAUCUUUCACUAAUAAUCAUGAAGUGCUUUUUCUUUUCCUGACUCGGUCCUGUCGCUGCCCUCUCUGAUUCUCAUCUUCAAGGAACCAUAAACUGCAGACAUGUCUGAGGGACCAAAAAAGCCGAAAUAUUCAGCAACACGCCGACUGUAUUUGAAGUCCAAACUGCUGAAGAAGGCAGCUUCUAUGCUGGUAGCUGAAAGGGAAGAUAAGAAACUUGAGAAGGAAAGAGUUGUGAAUGAGUGCUUCCCUCCGCUGACGCUGUCAGGUCUGUCAGCCCAGGAGCUCAAGGACAUCUGCAAAGAACUAACUAGUAAGAUUGAUGUUGUAGACGAAGUUCGUUAUGAUAUAAAGGUGAAGGUAGACAAAAAUCAGACAGAGAUCGAGACACUAAUUCAGAAGAUCUCUGGCCUGAAAGGGACAAAGAGGCCCAACUUGAAGAAGGUGAAGAAAACUACAGACGACAUGCUGGGUGCAUGCUCCGACACCUCCAAGCUCAUGAAGGCUGAUUUCAAGGCCAACCUCAAGACAGUGAAGAAGGAGGAAGAUAAGAAGGACGAAGUGACUGACUGGCGCAAGAAUGUGGAGGCCAUGUCUGGCAUGGAGGGCAGGAAGAAGAAGUUUAAUACAACACAAUAAGAAGAAUCAUUGUCGAAAUUCAAGGAAGAAGUUUUCAUUUCAGGAUGAAAUGAAACUGGUUUUGUAAAGAGUGAUAUCAACCACAGGGACUCGUAACAGAUUAGAUCAAAGCACUAUUUAGAUUACACAGUAUUAAAAGAAGUUUUACCUGGAUUUAAUGAAUGUAAAAAUACCACAGUACGCCAUGGAUGUAAUCAUAUAACUUGUAUAGUACACUGUUCCCUUUGCAUAUUGAAAUUGUGUAAAGAAUAGACUGAUUAUCUUUAUGAGUUUGUCUUUUAAAGUGCACUAUUUGUAUCACGCAGAUGUCUGCAAAACCUGUGCUGCUGAUUAAACGACCGUAACAAUUUCA